UCCCGGGAUGCCCGAGCAUGCGCACAACUUCCCCGGCGGAGAUCGCUAUGGUAGCGGCGUCGCGGUGGGCUGGCUCCAAGUUCUCUUAUUCCAGCCGGGCCGCCCACGCAGCCGACCCCACAGCUGUCUCUCGGGCAUGAGCGGGGCCUACAGCCGUAGCCUACUGCCCUAUCUGCUGCUGCAGCCGCAUCCCGACUGUGGGCCCGCGGCCGGAACAUGCCCCUGGCCGCCUACUGCUACGUGAGGGUCGUGGGCAGGGGCAGCUACGGGGAGGUGACGCUUGUGAAACACCGGCGGGAUGGCAGGCAGUAUGUCAUCAAAAAACUGAACCUCCGAAACGCAUCCAGCCGAGAGCGGCGAGCUGCUGAACAGGAAGCUCAGCUCUUGUCUCAGCUGAAGCACCCCAACAUUGUCACUUACAAGGAGUCCUGGGAGGGAGGAGACGGCCUGCUCUACAUUGUCAUGGGCUUCUGUGAAGGAGGCGAUCUGUACCGGAAGCUCAAGGAGCAGAAAGGGCAGCUUCUGCCUGAGCGUCAAGUGGUAGAGUGGUUUGUACAGAUUGCCAUGGCUUUGCAGUAUUUGCAUGAAAAACAUAUCCUCCAUCGAGAUCUGAAAACUCAAAAUGUCUUCCUAACAAGAACAAAUAUCAUCAAAGUGGGUGACCUAGGAAUUGCCCGAGUGUUGGAGAACCACUGUGACAUGGCAAGCACCCUCAUUGGCACACCCUAUUACAUGAGCCCGGAACUGUUCUCAAACAAACCCUACAACUAUAAGUCCGAUGUUUGGGCUUUGGGAUGCUGUGUCUAUGAAAUGGCCACUCUGAAACAUGCCUUCAAUGCAAAAGACAUGAAUUCUUUAGUUUAUCGGAUUAUUGAAGGAAAGCUUCCACCAAUGCCAAGAGCUUAUAGCCCAGAGCUGGCCGAACUGAUAAGAACAAUGCUGAGCAAGAGGCCUGAAGAAAGACCCUCUGUGAGGAGCAUCCUGCGACUGCCUUACAUAAAACACCAAAUUUCCUUGUUUUUGGAGGCCACCAAGGCAAAAACCUCCAAAGCUAACAUUAAAAAUGGUGACACCAAAUCCAAGCCUGUUGCCGCAGUGGUUCCCAGAAAGACAGAGUCAAAUCAUGAAGCAGUCCACCCCCAACCACACUCUUUGGAGGGCUCCCAGACACGCGUAAUGAGUGAAGAUAAAUGUUUGUCCCAGGAGAAAUCAGUCGUCAUUGGCCCCUUGAAGUUACCUGAUGUUCCAAAAGACCACACUAGCAAACCAGACAUGAACAAUUCUGCAGAGUCGCUAGCUACAAUCAGUAGGGUAAAUAUUGAUAUCUUACCUGCAGAAAGGAGGGAUUUGGUGAACAGUGACUUUGUGCAGAAGUCUCAUCCAGGACACUUAGGUGCCUCUAAUGAGCUAGAAGACAAAGGCAACGUUUACCAAGUGAGAGAGGAGAGCGUUCAGGUUGACACUAAGUCCAGUGCACAGCCUGGAAAUGUGAUUCCCACAGAGACCUCUGAUGAUGAUAAUGGGGAAGGGAAGGAAGCAGCGAAGCCGUUACAGCCUCUAAGCAAAGAUCGAGACCCAGAGGACCAGGAGCAAGUUGCUGGCGAAGGUAUAGAAAAACAGGGCAGAGUCCAGCCAGGUUUACAACCACACAGCUCUGGAGCUGAACCUUCCCUGUCUCGACAGCGACGACAGAAGAAAAGAGAACAGACCGAGCACAGCGGGGGAAAGAGUAAGGCCAGCAGGUGUCUCUUCGCAUUCCCACAGGCCUCUCCUCAACUUUUGCCCUCUCUUCCCACCGCUGGAAACGUGGAUUCCAGAUCAGCACCACAGAAUGCUGAAUGCCAGAGUAGCGCGGUCACCGGGUCUGUGAGCAGUGCAAGGAGCGGUGGGAUACCAUCAUCAAAGGAUCGACCGUUAUCAGCCAGAGAGAGAAGGCGACUAAAGCAGUCGUGGGAGGAGAUGUCCCCCUCACUCGAAGGCCCUUCAGUGAGGAGAGCUCUGAGUGCAGUGGAGCCCGGGAAACUGCAGGAGGAAGGCCAGCCCCUCCCUGCCCGACGGUUCUCUUCCGACUACAGCAUAACUCAGGAAAGGAGACUGAUUAAUUGUCUGUCUGAGGAUGAGCUAAGUUCUUCUACAAGUUCAACUGAUAAAUCAGAUGGGGAUUCCAGGGAUGGGAAAAGUCAUACAAAUGAAAUGAGUGACUUGAUGCAAUUGAUGACACAAACCCUUAAACUGGACUCAAAAGAGAGCUGCGAUGAUCUCCCAGUACCAACUCCAGGGGCAGAAUUCAGACUUCACCGGAAGUAUCGGGACACACUGGUACUUCAUGGAAAAGUUGCAGAAGAGUCAGAGGAACUGCGUUUUAAAGAGCUGCCUGCAGCCAUCACUCCAGGCUCUGAAAAGAUCAAGAGAAUACUUGAAGUCUUGAGAGCUGAUGUCAUCCAGGGCCUAGGGGUUCAGCUCCUAGAGCAGGUAUAUGAUAUUUUAGAAGAGGAGGAUGAAAUGGAGAGAGAGGUACGUUUACGGAAGCACAUGGGUGACAAAUACACACCUUACAGUGUGAAAGCUCGCCAGUUGAAAUUUUUUGAAGAACAUGUGAAUUUUUGAGAAUUUGUUAGAACUAGACCUAUUUUCAAAGGUUUUUGGCUUAAAAAACAAACCUUGGAAGAGUUGUUUAGAGGCCAUUCACCAUGCUUUUAUAUAUCUUUGGAGUUUUCAUACUUGAAAAAAUUGGACAGAAUAGAGUAAUAUGAAGCUAGUUCACAAAAGAAAAAAAAUUGGCUUUCAUAUUCUUUUUAUGAGGAAAAAUGUUACACUUGUUUGGUCACUGGUUGCUGAGCCUUAAAGCAUCAACUUUAUAUCUAGAGCUUUAUUUUUUUAAGAUAUUAGCUUGAAAGCAGGGCCAUAAAGCAUUGGGUUAGAACUUUUAUAUGUACUACAGUGAUAAAAGCUACAGGAGAAAUAAAGAAAUAGUAUGUGUAAUGAUGUUUUCUGCUAACCUUAGGGAAUAGUUAAUACAUUAUUAUUUUUUAUUUUUGUUACCGAGUUCGAACAAAGGACCUUGUACUUGUGAGGCAGGCAGUGGAACCACUGAGCUAAAUACCUGGCCCAAUACAUUAUUUUAAAAAGUUAAUUCCUUAUUCUGGAAAGAGAUUUAAAGAAUAUGAGCUCCUGUGUAGUAUAUGAGCAAAUGAUUCCUUUUCUUUUACACAUUGAUGGACUUUCAAUAUUUUUUCAUUUAGUAUGUACCUCAUUUAGAGUAUACAGGAGUUGAAGUUAAAGUAUUUUGGUUUUGUAUCACGUUUUUCCAUCACUGGUUUUGUUAGAUUCAUUUCCCCAUCAGGAAAAACAACUCGAAGACUAACUCCUUUUCCAGUGAAGCAAUUUUUAAGGAGAGCCCAGAUCCUUUUAGUUAUACUGGAUAUAUGUAAUAUUUGUCUCAUGAAGUUUGUCUUCACAUUCAAGAUAUUGUUGUUCCCUACAAGACUGUAUAUCACAUAUUUUGUUAGUGUAAUUAAAGAAAGAAUUCUUAUUUAGGAAAGUUAAUGCAAGUCUUGGUUAGUAAAAUUUUACUUAUGUAUUGAAGGAAUUCUAAAAACGACUUCCUCUCUAGGUGUUUUAUUUCUAUAAAAAUGUCCCUUUUCUUUGAAAACUAGACAAAUGAAAUGUUUUAAUGAAAUAUUCUUUUAGUCACUUAUUAUUUAAGUUUUACUAUGUACCAGGUGCUAUGUCAGGAACUAAGGAUAGAGUGGCAAAUAAAGCAGUACUUCCAGGGCUGGGGAUUUAGCUCAGUGGUUCCGCCACCUGGCUCACAAGCGCAAAGACCCAAGUUUGAUCCCUGGUACCAAAAACAAACAAAAAUCGUAAAACAGUACUUCCAGCCCUUGGCAGUGCUCAUUUUUACUUCUCAUUUUUACUCUGAAGGUUUAUUAGAACUGAACUUAUAAAACCACCUAGUCCCAAAGCCCACUUGGGGGCACAUCUCUGGCAAACUGUUGGUCUUCUUGAGCUGUUUACUGCUUGCAUGUUUUAGGAGUCUUAUCUCUCUGGAUAGUCACUGUUUUUAAUGUUUUUUUACUCCUUCCCCUUUUUUUUGUAGUAGUAGGGAUUGAAACCCAGGG